AUGUUUUAUGGGACCCACUUCAUCAUGUCUCCCCCCACCAAGAGCAAGUUGAAGCGGCAGAGCCAGCUGCUGUCCAGCAUGCUGUCCAGGACGCUGAGCUACAAGUACCGGGACCUGGACACCACUUUCUCCAGCCUGGGUGCCAGCGACGACCCCGCGGAACUCUCCACCCAGCUCUCGGCCCCUGGGGUCCUGAAGGUGUUUGGGGACAGCGUCUGCACGGGAACGCACUACAAGAGCGUCCUGGCCACCGGCAUGUCCAGCGCCCAGGAGCUGGUGAAGGAGGCGCUGGAGCGCUACGCCCUGAGCCCCGAGUGCGCUAGCCAGUACGUGCUGUGCGAUGUGGUGGGCCAGGCCGGCGGCUCGGGGCAGCAGUGGCAGGCUGAGUGCUUUCGGGUCUUUGGAGAUAACGAGAAGCCCCUCUUGAUCCAGGAAUUAUGGAAACCCCGAGAAGGCUUGUCCCGGAGGUUUGAGCUACGAAAGAGGUCCGACGUGGAGGAGCUGGCAGCCAAGGAUGUGGACACCAUGACCGCAGGGAUAAACGCCCAGGCCCGGAGGCUGCAGCGGCACCGUGCCAAGGGAACCCCAGUCCUGGCUUCAGGGGGCGCCCGGAGCCCCCCCAUGCCCCCGCUGCGCCGCACCGUCAGUGAGAGCAGCCUGAGCUCAGCCGCCACCCAGGGCCCCGAGGAGCGCGCCCGGGACACCAUGCGCUUCUCCCUCUACGAGUCGCCCCACCUGCUCCUCUUGCAGGGCUACAGCCAGCAGCACGACAGCCUGGUGUACCUGCUGAACCGGGAGCAGCAUACGGUGGGCCAGAGGACCCCGUCCAGCAAGCCCAGCGUCAGCCUCUCGGCCCCAGAUAUCCUGCCCCUGCACUGCACCAUCCGCAGGCACCAGCCCCCGGGCCCGGAGCCGGCGGCGAGCAGGCUGGUGCUGGAACCUAUCCCCGGGGCGCCCGUCUCUGUCAACUUCGCGGAGGUUGGAGGCCGGGCCGUGGUGCUGCGCCACGGGGACUUGCUUUCCCUUGGCCUAUACUACCUGUUGCUGUUCAAGGACCCAGCGCAGGCCCAGCCCCUGCCUGCCCAGGCCCUGGCCCGGCUGCGUGCCAUGCCACGGAGUUGCGGGCUGUGCGGAGCCGUGCUCCGGGCCCGGGGCACCUCGGCCUCUGGCUCCGCGCCGGCCACCCUGCCCCGGCUGAGGCCGCUGCACCUGGAGUUCGAGCCAGAGGUGGAGGACACGCUGCUGCAGAGAAUCCUGACGCUGGUUGAGCCUGGGGGGGACGACCACAAGCUGGCCCCCGCCUUCCUCCUCUGCCUCUGCAUCCAGCACUCGGCCACCCGCCUGGAACCUGGCUCAUUCGGGCAGCUGCUGCUCAAGAUCGCCAAGGCCAUCCGAGAGACAGUCUGGGAGAAAACCAAAGAACUGGCGGAGAAGCAGGCGCAGCUCCAGGAGCCCCUGUCCCUGGCCAGCUUCCCCAUGGCGGGCCUGGUCCCGGACCUGCAGCACAUUCUCUUCUGGAUGUCCAACUCGGUGGAGCUGCUCUACUUCAUCCAGCAGAAGUGCCCGCUCUACAUGCAGAGUCUGGAGGAGGAGUUGGACGUCACAGGCUCCAGGGAGUCGCUAUUCUCCUGCGCGCUGACGGCCAGCGAGGAGGCCAUGGCGGUGCUGGAGGAGGUCAUUCUGCAUGCCUUCCAGCAGUGCGUGUACUACGUCUCCAAGUCCCUGUACGUCUGCCUCCCGGCCCUGCUGGAGUGCCCCCCUUUCCAGACGGAGCGCAGGGAGAGCUGGUGCUCCGCCCCCCAUCUGCCUGAGGAGCUGCGCCAUGUCGUGUCCGUGUACCAGGCCACCAUGGACCUCCUGCGGCAGUUCCGGGUGCACCCCGAGAUCGCCUCGCAGGUGCUGGCCUACCUCUUUUUCUUCUCCAGCACUCUGCUCUUCAACCAGCUCCUGGACAAGGGCCCCUCUCUGAGCUGCUUCCACUGGCCCCGCGGCGUCCAGGCCUGCGCCCGCCUGCAGCAGCUCCUGGAGUGGAUGCGGAGUGCUGGCCACGGGGAGGCCGGGGAGCGCUUCUUCCGGAAGCUUUCCUGCACACUUAACUUGCUGGCCACGCCCCGGGCGCAGCUCAUCCAGAUGAGCUGGGCAAACCUGCGGGCCGCCUUCCCCACCCUGAGCCCCGCGCAGCUGCACCGGCUGCUGACCCAGUACCAGCUGGCCUCGGCUGUGGGCCCCAUGAGUGCCUGGGAGCCAGGCGCCCAGGACAGCCCCGAUGCCUUCAAGUCAGAGGAGGUCCUGGAGUCGUAUGAAAACCCCCCACCCAUUGUGUUGCCGAGCGAGGGCUUCCAGGUGGACUUGGAGGCCGACUGCCUGGACGACAGCAUCUACCAGCACCUUCUCUACAUCCGCCACUUCCUGUGGAGUCUGCAUAGCAAGCCCAGCCCCGUUGGGGGGCCUUCCCAGCCAGGGGGCCUCGAGGUACCGGGUUUCUUUCUCCCCCUUGCCGCCCAGGGCCCACACCACACCACCUCUGAGGGCCAGAGCGGCCCGCUAGUUUGCAGGGGAGCCCGUGAAGCUGGCCAGGGGCGCACUCUGGCUUCUGCGGGGGCUCCCCGUGCACAGGGCCUUUCAGGAAGGCAGAGCCGCGGGGGCCCCCAGGCUGGCCCCCUGCACGUAGACUCCUCGUGCCUACUCACGCCUCCCAGCACCCCACUCAGCCUCGAGCCCGCUGUCCCGGACUGGCCCGAGCCUAGAGGCACCUGUGGGAAAGUGCUCCCAGAAGGGAGGAGGAACGCAGCUCCAGAAGGGGACAGCGUGGGUCCCGCGGACGAGCCCCCUCCGGCCCCUCCCAGCCGCAGCUCCAGCACGGAGGAUUUCUGCUACGUCUUCGUUGUGGAGCUGGAGCGGGGCCCCUCCGGGCUGGGGAUGGGCCUGAUCGACGGGCUGCACACGCCGCUGGGCGCCCCCGGGCUCUACAUCCAGACCCUGCUCCCGGGCAGCCCCGCAGCUUCGGACGGCCGCCUGUCCCUGGGAGACCGCAUCCUGGAGGUGAACGGCAGCAGCCUGACGGGUGUCAGCUACCUGAGAGCUGUGGACCUGAUCCGAAAUGGGGGCAAGAAGAUGCGGUUUUUGGUUGCCAAGUCCGACGUGGAAACCGCCAAGAAGAUCCGCUUCCGCACGCCGCCCUCCUAGGGUGGCGGCCACCUUCUGCCGCGCUGUUCCCGCG